GUUCAUAAUAAUUAUUAUUUUUGCUGUCAAUAAUUCGUUAAUUUUAACAACUUUUAUGUUUUAAUAACCAAAUAAUAUAAUAGAGAAUUAUUUUAAUUUAAUCCUUUUCAAAAAUUAGAAUAUCAUUUCGAAAACUUUUGAUUUUUUACAAAUAAAAAAAAAACAAUUAUUGACGUUACAGAAAAUGGUGUAAUAUAUGUAAAUGUAUGUAAUACGAUUUGAUAAAAUUAUCGGCUGAAUAAAUUAGACCUUAGUAUUCACUAUAUAGUUUAUACAGUAAUUUCGGAUCUCAGAUAUGUAUUUAUAUUCAAUAAUUAUAAUCUCAAUAAUAUUUAUAAUAUUUAUUUUUAAAUUAAAAUGGAAAAAUUCAAAACUAAAUGACUUAUUUGGACGCCAUGUAUUGGUUACUGGUGGUUCAAGUGGCAUUGGUAAAUAUGCAGCUAUGAAAGCAGCUAAAAUGGGAGCAAAUGUGACAAUUGUUGCGAGAAAUAUUCCUAGACUCUUAGAAGCCGUCAAUGAAAUAAGAACUCAAUUUAUUACUGAAAAUCAAAAAAUUAAGUUUAUAUCUAUUGAUCUUGCUAGUGACUAUAACAUUGUUAAGAAGGAGUUUGAUCAAGCCACCAAAGAAAUGGGACCUUUGUAUAUGCUUGUUAAUUGUGCAGGUAUGUCAUUAUGUGGUACAUUGGAAGAAAUGUCAACAGAUGAUAUUAUGCAAUUAAUAAAUGUAAAUUUAUUAUCUACAAUUCAAGCUACUAAAGCUGUUGUUAAAGAAAUGAAAUGNGGCUGUUGUCAAAGAAAUGAAAUAUUUGGUGACGGUAUUAUUGUAAUAACUGCAUCACAGGCAGCAAUGUGUGGAAUAUAUGGACUGGGUGUUUAUAGUGCUACAAAGUUUGCCUUAAGAGGAUUUGCGGAAGCUUUGAGUAUGGAAACUAAUCCAUAUGGAGUAAAAGUGACAUUGGCCUUGCCACCAGAUACAGAUACUCCAGGUUUUGAAAAUGAAAAUAAAAGCAAACCAUUAGAAACAAGAUUAAUUUCAGAAACAUCUAAAUUACUUAGCCCUGAACAAGUAGGAUACAAAAUCAUAAAAGAUGCUUUGAAUAGUCAAUUUUUUUGCUCUUUUGGAUUUGAAGGUCAUAUACUAACCAUUGGGUGCCCUGGAAUGGCUCCAUUUUCAUCUUAUUUUGAAUUAAUUUGUCAGGUAUUUUUAUCAGGCAUUCUAAGAUUAGCAGUUGUUUAUUAUCAAUAUAUAUUUAAUAAAAUUAUUUUAAACUGUAAAAUGGAAAAAGAAAAAAGUGUAAAAAUUGUAGCUCAUUAGUAAUAUAGUUAUAAAGAAGCUUAAUUGCAUUACACUAUAAUGCAUAAUUUAAAGCAUUUUGUUUGGAGAGGAUUAAAAAUAAAAAUAAUUUUUAUUUUAAAUAUUUAAUAAAUAAGUAUGUUGAAUUAUCCUUAUAUAUUAUGUAUAGCAGCGGUUCUCAACCUUUUUAUAGUCACGUACCAUAUACACAAUUUGAAAAUGUUUAUGUACCACCUGACCAUUUUUUUGCUUAUUAAAAAUGUAUACGUUUAUGUUAUA